UUUUUUUUUUUUAUUUACUUUCUCCUUAUUUUUCUUUUUUUUUAACAUUAUUUAGAAUAGAAAUAAAAAAUGGUUAUACUUGAGAAUUCAACUACCUUUGAUGAAUCAAAUAUUCAAGCUGACGAACUUGUAAGCCAAAUGGCAGAAAUUGAAGGAGGAUUGCAUGCUAUGUUAGAGAAAGUAAAAGGCGAUACACAGAUGAGUAAGGAUAUAUCUGCAUUUUUAAAGAAAAGAUCAUUAUUGGAGGAAAGUUAUGGUAAAGAAAUGGUUAAAGUCGCACAAAUGACAGCAGAGAGUUUUGAUAAGGCACAUCCAAAAUCAGGAACUUUUGGUGAUGUUUGGAUAUCAAUGCUAAAGGUACAUGAAAAUAUUGGAAAUCAACGAAUUAAAUUUGCUGCUGCAAUUUCGGAUGCAGCUGAAGAUUUAUCAGCACUAAGUAAAAGUAUUGAAAAGGAAAGAAAGCAGAUUAAAGACACUGGAAUACGUUAUGAAAAAUCAGUCAUUGAUGCUGAUGCUUCCUUAGAAAAGAGUAAGCAAAAAUUUGAAAGCACAAAUGAAGAAUGGGGAAGAGCCGUAUCGCAAAGAAAUCAGGAACCAACACAACAAUUAAAAAAGAACAUAUUUCGUUCGGCUAGAAAUACUGCACAACUUGAUAAAAUUGAAUCUGAAUGCAGGAAUAAGAUGGAUGCUGCUGAUACUCAAUACAAGAUUCAACAAAAAAAGACCAUUCAAACUCAUACUGAAUAUUAUGAGUCUCAUUUACCAAAGCUACUAACUGAAUUAAAAGCAGUAGACGACGAAUGUAAUAUUGCACUUCGAUAUCAAUUAGCUAACUAUUCAUAUACAUUUGAACAAGCGCUUGCAGAGGAUGGAUUAGCAUUGGAUAAUGAUCAAGGAAAUGGCUUAAGGGCUUUGAUUACCAAAAUUGAUAAAGAUGCUGAUUUUGCUGAAUUUGUUAGAUUAUGUGCUGAACGAGGAGGAAGAAUUCAAAGAAAUGACUUUAUUCAACAGGAUAAUAUGUUACCAAUGACUACAAACUAUAAUAAUAAUAAAGUAUUUGGUGUGCCCUUAGAAAACUUGGCAGCGUUAUCUGAAGAUAUGGUUCCUGAUAUAUUAAGAAAAUGUGCUACUGUUGUUGAACAAUAUGGUUUAAAUUCUGUUGGUAUUUAUCGAUUAUCUGGUACAAGUAGUAGAAUUCAAAAAAUUAAAUUCAAAUUUGAAAAUGGAGAGCCUAAUCCAAUAUCAGAAGAAGAUAUAUCGGAUAUUAAUAAUGUGACCAGUGUAUUAAAACUUUGGUUUAGAGAAUUACCAAAUCCUUUAAUCCCUUCUCAGUCAUAUCAUCAGUUCUUAGAAGCAGCUGAGUUACCUGAUGAAAGAAGCCGUGUUAUUGGACUUCAUACUGUUAUUAAUGAACUACCAGAUGCCCAUUAUGCCUCAUUAAAAUUCUUAAUGUGCCAUCUUUACAAUGUACAAUCUUAUCAAAGGUUUAAUAAAAUGGGAGCGGCUAAUCUAGCUACUAUUUUUGGUUUGACAUUAAUGAGUAACGAAACAAGAUCACAAAGUCAAACUACUCUUCAUGAUAAUCAAAGGAUUGCUGAAUCUCAAUUGCAAGCUAAAGUAGUUCAAACUAUUCUAGAAAAUUAUGCUGAAAUCUUUGAAGAUGAAUAAGGGGGAGGAGAGAGAAGAUAUACAUAGAAUAUUACAUUAAAUAAACGAAAUAUACUUUAUUUAUAUAUACUUUAUUCAGAAUCUAUAAAGCAUCCUGAUGCCUUUAUUAUUAUUAUUACUAUUAUUCUUCCAUUGCUGUAGCUUUGACAAUUUCAGUAUGCUCUACAGAUCUAUCUAAUC